AAUUAUAUAAUAAUAAUAUACCUUAUGAUUCUGAUUAUAUUAGACCAAAUAAUAUAUACAAAAAUAGAUUACAUGAUAAUGGUGGUAAUGAUUAUAGAAACACAAGAAGACAUGAUGAAAUAAGAUAUCACGAAAUAAUAAGACAUGAUGAUGGAUUACAACAGAGUUACAAAAGACCGUCACUGUCACAUUCAAGAUCUAAAAGUGACAACAAAUAUUCUACAUACUAUUAUCCUAGAUCAAGAUCCCCCAGCUAUCAAAGAUCUAUAGAUUACAUAAGAAAACAAAGUCUUUCUCCAUCAUCAAUAUUAAAACAUGGAUUUGACGACUACUCAAAAAAUCAUAAAUCAUUAACAACAACGCCAUCAACAAAAAUGUCAACUACGUCGUUAAAAAAAAAAGAUUUAGAACUUGAUAUUAUAAAAAAAUCAGCAAAAAAACUAUCUGAAAAUUAUAAUCAAAUCUUGUUAGAACCUUCCAUUAGAAUUGAGGAACCUCCGCCGAUGCUUAUAGUGUUAGAUCUGAAUGGUACAUUGGUUUAUCGUGAUGGUGAACACAGACUGAUUCAUCUACGUCCUCACAUUUCGGCUUUUAAAAAUUUUCUAUUUCGAAACAAAAAUUUUAAUAUUAUGAUUUGGUCAUCAGCACAAAGAAUUAAUGUAAAUAGAAUGGCGAAGGAAAUUUUUGGAAAUGGAUACGGUGAAAUAUUACUUGAAAUUUGGUCUAGAGAUAAAUUUAACUUGACAAAUGAAGAAUAUCAUUCUAAAUGUUUAACAAUAAAAGAUUUGGAAAUGGUUUGGAAUGAAUUAAACACAUCUAUGAAUAAAAAUACGAUACAAUCAUCAAAUUCAGAAAGAAAACCAUCACCAUUUAUACCGCCACCACAUUCAUCGCUAUUACUACAAUCAUCAUCAAUAUUAUGGGAUCAGACUAAUACAGUAUUAAUAGAUGAUUCGCCACUUAAAGCCCAAUUACAGCCUCAUAACGCAAUACAUUUAAAAGAAUUUAAUCGAGAAUUAUUUUGCGAUGGAAAUGACAGCGAAUUAUUAAAUAUUAUUGAAUAUUUAGAAUUAUUAAAAUGUCAAAGCAACAUCAGUCAUUUUAUAAAAAAUCAUCCUUAUGAUAGCAAUCAAAAUUAUGUGAAUUAUUACCAGAACGAAAUAAACAUUGAGUCAGUAAGUGAUAACACGAAGAUUGUAGCUAAUAACUACUACGAGGAGGAGAAUGAAGGAAUAAUUGAAUUAGAUUUAGACGAAGAAGAUUUAUAG